AUGGCCGCCACAAAAGCCACCCUCUCCACAACCGAACUCCUCGAACAGAUCCUCCUCCACCUCCCCCUCCGCAGCGUCCUCCGCGUCCAACUAGUCUCCCACUCCUGGCACGCCACAAUCCACACCAGCAUCAAACUCCAACAAGCCCUCUUCCUCCGACCCAUCCCGGCUGUCAAAACCACAAAGCAACAGCGCCCCAUGCAAACCGUAACCCUCAACGACCCUUGUGCCUCCGUCCUCGCCACACCGACUCCCAGUAGCCUAGUCAACGACAUUCUAGGCCUGGAGGGAAGCGCCGCGGGGAUCUGUACCCUCUCGAACCCCAUCCCUACCGCUCUGCUAGAGAAGAAGGGAACCUGGCACUCCAUGCACCUGACCCAACCCCCCACCCCCUCCUCCUCCUCCCUCCUCAUCGGCAACUUCAUCGCCCUAACAGCCACCGAAGCAACCGGACUACCUCGAGACCGCUUCAUUCCCUCCGCCACUCCCUCAGUCCUCGAGAGCAACCACUGCACGACGCGGACAUUACAUGGCUCCUUCUCCCGCCUCGGCGCGGUGCAACUCGAAUGCGCCUCCGGUUUGACGAUAGGCACAGCGGCUGAGGCGAUAGCGCAGCUUGCGGAGAAAUUUGGAAGGGCGGAGCAUAAAGGGCGCCGACUACGUUUCUUCUGGGGCAGUCAAGUCCAUGCGAAUUUGAUGGUGGAUUUGUUGAUGGAGAUCGCGGAGUGUGUGGAGGAGGAUGUUAGGAGGAUGCGGAGUAGUAGUGGAGGAGCGCGUGGGUGA